AUGGAUCGCUUCCGGAUGAUCUUCCAGUACUUCCAGUCCAACUCGGAGUCUGUAAUGAAUGGAAUCUGUGGGCUGCUAGCCCUGGCCAGUAUAAAGAUUUAUACCUGCUUUGACUUCAGCUGCCCCUGUCUGCCCCGGUACAACAUGGCCUACGGCUUGGGGAUCCUGUUCGUGCCACCCAUUGCCUUCUUCCUCUGUGGCCUCAUCCUCAACAGACAGUCUCUGGUGAUGCUGGACGAGUGGAGGCGGCCGCAGGGGCGCAGGAGGAAGGACCUGGCUGUCAUCAGGUACAUGUGCUCCUCCAUCAUGCAGCGAGCUAUGGUCGCCCCAGCCGUCUGGAUCGUGGUCGCCCUCCUGGAUGGCAAGUGCCUGAUCUGUGCCUUCAGCAGCUCCGUGGAUCCUGAGAAGUUCCCGGGCUUCACCAAUGUCACCAUAGAGCAGGCACAGGAGCUGCUUGCCAAGGUGCCCUGCAAGGAGGACGAGCUGGUGGGGAACAGCAUGUCCCGACGAGCCGUGUCCAGGUACCUGCGCUGCUGGUCCCAGGCCCUCGGCUGGAGCAUUUUGUUGAUGCUCAUCAUAGCAGCUUUCCUCGCCCGCUGGCUCAGGCCUUGCUUCAACCAGGCUGCCCUCCUGCAGACCCGUCACUGGAGCAACUACCUUGACAUUGAGCAGAAGAUUUUUGAGGAAACCUGCUGUGAGCACAGCCAGCUCUUUGCUCACAAAUGCAUCCUCCACUUCUUUGAAAGCAUGCAGGAAGAGGUCAGACAGCACAGCUUCGACUUGCCUAAGGAGGAAGAGGAAGAUCUUCUACGAGGCAUCACACACCAGGAUCAGGUGAACAAACUUCUGAAAACGUGGUAUUAUGAGAAACCUCCCUUGGAUGUGAGCCAGGCAACCCAGAGACAUCCCCUGGGCAGAGAGAGAUCUCCUCCACCCUGGGCAGGCAGCCCCCGUGUCCAGUCCAAAUUCCCCCAACACACCAAUGUGUAA